AUGACAGUUAAGUCUUCUUCUCUCUUCUCUGGUAAAGUUAGCGACCAUUUGCCCAUGGUGGUGGGAGGUAAAGGGAACUAUUUAGUUGUUGAAGAUGCCCUUACUCACAAAAGAAGAGAAGUGUUUGAUGCAAUGGGAGGUGCUGCUGUUUGUGCAUUGGGCCAUGGAGACGAGGAAAUCAUCGCUGAAAUGGCUGCUGCAGCGAAGGAGUGUAGCUAUAGUUUCUGUGCCAGCAUGACCAACUACUAUGCUGAGGAAUUGGCUAACUUCUACAUUGAGAAGUCACCAAAAGGUGUAUUUGCCGGUGCUCUUUUUACAUGUUCCGGCUCCGAGUCCAACGAAAAUGGAAUGAAAGUUGCACGUCAGUACUACUUGGAGAAAGGGGAGCCUGAACGUACCAUUUUCAUCUCCAGAAAACAGUCCUACCACGGUUACACCAUUGGGUGUCUUGCCUUGAGUGAGACCAUCAGAAAGGAUGCCUUUAGACCAAUCACAUUGUCUGAUGAACAUGUGCCCAAGGUGUCGCCAUGUUACCCAUACAGAGACCAGAAGGCUGAUGAGACCGUAGAGGAGUAUUGUGCAAGAUUGUUGCAAGAGAUUGAGGACACUGUGAUUGCUGCUGGACCCAACAAGGUUUGUGCAAUUUUGUGUGAGACCCUUUCUGGUUCCACGUUUGGUACUUCGCCAGCUAUUCCUGGUUAUUUGCUGGGAGUCAGAGCUAUCUGUGACAAGUAUGGUAUCUUGAUGUGGUUGGACGAGGUCAUGUGUGGAACGGGCCGUGCUUCUGCCACUGGCGGCUUGAACUGUUGGGAAUCUUUCCCAGAUUUUAAGGGUCCCGACAUGCAAUCCAUCGGAAAGACUUUAGGAUCUGGAUAUGUCACCAUUGCCGGACUUUUGGUGUCACCCAAGGUUAAAAAGGCGUUUGUUGAAGGUACAAACUACAUUCCUGGAGCUCAGACCUACCACCAACACGCCUUCAACUGCAGAGUUGCAUUGGCCGUGCAGAAGAAGAUUGACCGUUUAGACUUGAGAAAGAAUGCUUUUGAGAAGGGUGAGAUGCUCGGGAAGUUACUCAAGGAGUUGGCUGCCACCACCGAGAUCAUUGGUGAUGUCAGAGGGAUGGGAUCGUUCUGGUCGGUGGAAUUGGUCAAAGACAAGGAAACAAAGGAGACCUUCCCUACAUCUUUGGGAUUGGGUGCUAAGUUGUCAGCCAAGUGUCUCGAGAAUGGUAUGACCAGCAUGGGAAUGGGUGGAACCGUCGAAGGAAAGCGUGGAGAUCACCUCACCGUUGCGCCUACGUUCAUUUUGAAGGAUGAAGAUGUGCAGUUUAUUGCUGAGACUUUGGUGAAGAGUGUGAAAGAAGUUGAGGCUGACUUGAAGGCUGCCGGUGAGUUGUAA